AUGAUUCUGCGAGGAUACGAGACAGUACUGCUCCUUCUCACCAGCUCUAUUUCGCUCGCCCAUGCUGAGCUGACUCCGAUCAGGCUCACACCAAGGCGUUCAUCACCCACAACAGGCGCGCAGGUGCUCGCUCGAUCACUCGUUGAGCGCGGUACAACAUCCACGACCAAUUCGACCAACGCUUCUUCUGCAGUCUGUACCGCGACGCAGUGUCUACAGGGGACGAACUCUUUGUCAGGUAUGUGCUCUGUUUUGCUCCCGAUUCACACAUAGGCGCCUGAUGCUCCAAAUCUCUGUGGUCAUCACAACAGCGGGAGUGUAUGUUGUAUCUCGGGCUAAUGGAACAGACACGACCUUGGUCAAGCUCUUACCGGGAACAUAUACUUCCUCCUCAUCCACAAACGCAAAUUCUUCCUUCCUCUCCUUUCCGUCCUCGACCUCGGCCUCGACCGUGACCCCAUCUGCCGGCUUCACGACAUCUGGGAUCCUCGGAUCGACAUACACCGUGUCUCUACAACCAGGUAUUAUUGUCUACUCAUCCGCUUUGUUCCAAGGCACUCCAAGCUAUCUUGCACUCCCAUCCACGAACACGAGCGCGUCGAAUUCCACCUCGACCUCACUAGGCAGUUCGAUUAGCUCGCUCCUCCUCAGCAACAAAGUGUAUGCGAUUCUCCAUGCCGGUUCGGAGCGUUUGGUCGUAUGGGAUGGUGUGGCGGAUGUAUCGCAAUGGCGGUCAGUUGUGAAAAAUCAAGUCACGUUCCAACAACUUCAGAGUUCGGCUUGCGCCACGCCUUGUGCGAGCGGAGGGACGUGCACGGGGGACGGGCGGUGCGCAUGUGCGACGGGCUGGGCGGGGACGCUGUGCGGUCAGUCUGACUUGGGUCCUCCCCGAGGACUUGUACACCGGACUACGGUCACUGAUUUGAGCUACCUCAUUUUUGAUUGUUCAGACAUCUGUGAGCCAGGCCAUUACGGAUCAGCCUGUCUACCUUGCCCCGCCAAUUGCGCCAACUGCGAUCAAGGGGUCACGGGAACAGGCCGCUGUCUCGACGUCGGUUCUUCGAGCAUCGUGCAACCCUCGAGUGAGUGCGGCGCCUCGUCUCAGAGAGUUCUGAAGACUGAAUGACACCGGACGGAGCUGCUUCACAGUUUGUAACUGCAUCAACGGAAUCUGCGCGUCUAAUUCUUCCUCGGCGACGUGCGCAUGUAGUGCUGGAUGGUCGACCGCGGCCAAUGGAACACAAUGCGGAGCGUGCGCGACGGGGUACUACCAAACGAGUGCCGGGGAUUGCCUUGGUGAGUCUAUCAAUGAUACAUGUAUCUUGCUGAUGCGUAAGCUGAUACUCCUGGGACGAGACUCUCAGCAUGCGACGCAUCUUGUGCCUCGUGUAGCUCCCCCUCGGGGACGUGCCUGACUUGUCAAUCAGGACUCCAACCCGACUCUACGGACGCCACCAAAUGUAUAACCGCCACUUCCACCUCUCCAAACGGCACCUUCAUCACCUGUGCGGCAAGGACCUAUUACGACUCGACAUCGCAAUCUUGCGUCGACUGCAACCCUUUGUGCGAAACGUGCUAUACGACGGGGACAGGGGGUUGUUUGACCUGUAGGAGUCCGAAUGGGUUGCUCAAUGGGCAAUGUGUCGCCGUCAGUACCAAGACGGGAGUGUGCAACUCGGCACAAGAGACGAAAUACAAGUCCAACGCGGUUUGGGUGUUUGACAAUACGAAGCAAGAAUGCGAUGGUCAGUCACACGCACCACAUUAUCGCUGCGAUCACAGUUGACUGACGCCCAUGCUCUACAGCCCUCCCCGCCAAGUGUAGCGCUGGUGGAAUCGACAACUUCUCUUCCGGAUCACUGAGAUCCGGUGUGACAUGCUCGACGUGCGUUCCCGGGUCGUAUCUGUAUCAGGGCAUCUGCUACAACCCUUGCCCGAAUGGUACCGCCGUCUCCACGGACGAGACGUCUUGCGUCCGUAAGCUCAAAUCAUCUGUGACGGACCAUCCGGAGCUAUUCUUGGGAGCUGACAAAUCUUAACGCCCUCACAGCCUGCGACUCGUCAUGUUCGACUUGCUACGGCAGUACCCCGAGCGCAUGUCUCAGCUGCGCAAAUUCUAACCAGGUCUUAUUGAAUGGCAAAUGCGUCUCCUCCUGUCCUCAAGGCUUCUAUACCGCAACGAACUCGACCUGCAUGUCCUGUCAUCCCGACUGCGCAACCUGCGGCUCUUCCUUCACCACAUGCUUGACCUGCCCCACCAGCCGACCGGUAUUGAGUUCGGGACGUUGCCUUCUCGCGUGUUCCUCGUCGCAAUACUACGACACAUCGUCGACCUCUUGUCAAAGUUGUUCUUCUACCUGCGGCACAUGUUCAGGACCCGGAACGAGCGAUUGUCUCUCUUGUCCCUCAGGGUCGAACACCGUCCUUUCCUCCGGCGCAUGCGUCGCUUCCCCAAACUCGUGCCAAGUUAUUCCUGGUUUCGGAGCGUGCCUCUCCCAACUCGUCGUCGUUUCGGCACCCGAUACGGCACCGGUCAGCUCUAAGAAAAAGCUUCCUUGGUGGUGGAUACUCCUCUCCCUCCUCCUCGCCCUCUUCUCCCUCCUCGGCGGCUUUUGGUGGUGGCGUCGUAAAGACAAAGCCCGUCGUCGUAAACGGACCGAACGUUUCGGCCUGGAUCUAGGUCAUCACGAGGUCAAACUCAAACUACAGAAACUCGAUCCCGUCAUCGCCAAUCCCGUCGUUCCUAAAUCGGAGGAGGAGGUUGAUCCGGUCUUGAUGGAAAGAGUUCCUUUGACGCCGAGGAGGUUUGAUACGAGUGCCUAUAAAUCGGGGAAGAGGGAAGGGGAAGCACAUGAGUUGGAGGGGAUCAAGGUGCAUGAUUUGAAGGAGCUUGAGAGGACCAAGGACGAGGCCUCGCAUCACCAGAAUCGAUGGUCCAACUUAUCGUAUCAGUCGGCUGUUCAUUCGACACCUUCUCGACCUGCUCCAGUACCACCCCUACAGCCUCAGGAUACGGGUACGAGUACUUAUAGCGAUAUGAGCACCUUCACAACCGCGAGCGGGAAGAAGGUCAGGUGGGGGGACCGCAACCCUUUCAACCCGCAUCACUGA